AUGGUGAACUCGUCUGCCGCCGAUGCAGAGCUCAAGGCCCGGUUCCCAUGCCGGGAACGCAGCAUCGAUGCCCUGGCUACGGCAGUGCAGACCGGGCAAGCGGGCGCCUGUACCCUGCUCCUGCAUGGCCCCCCAAGCACCGGCAAGACCGCCAUCGUCAGGGCGUGCAUGUCGGCAUGGGGCAUGCGCCACGCGUUCAUCGACUGCGUGGCGUGCAGCACCCCCCGCCCCCUGCUCCAGUCGCUGCUGCACCAACUCAAGGGCGGCGCAAGAAAGCGCGGCACGGGCUACGCCCAGGACCAGGACUGCGACUCGCUGGCGGAGCUCCUGGUCCUCCUGCCGGCCCUGUUCCGGGGUCAUGGCCGGGCACCCCCCCAGCGCGGUGCCUGGGUGGUGCUGGACAACGCGCAGCGACUGGCCGGCAGCGACCUGCUGACGGGGCUGACGCGCGCGGGGGCUGCCGCGGACGUCCCGCUGUCCGUCCUGCUCCUGGCCAGGCAGCCCUGGUCCAGCACGGCGUUCGCCACCUCCACGCAAGCCCUGGCGCCGCCGGCCACGCUGGAGUGGGCUGCCUACUCCAGCGACCAGAUGAUCCAGAUCCUGGAGCACCGAAGACGCCCGACGCACCCCGCCGGCGCCGCCCCCUCCGGCGACGCGGCCACCUUCCGCGCCUUCCUCACCGCGUUCGUGCCCACCUACCGCCGCGCGACCACGGACCUGCUGGAGGUGGAGGCGGCGGUGGCGGCGCUGUACCCCGCAUUCAGAGCGCCGCUGGAUGCAGGGCGCGAGCUUCGGCCCGCGCAGCUCCACGCGCGCGUCAACCCCCUGGUCCAGCGCGUGGUCGCGGAGCGCAGCCACACUGCGGCGCCGGCGGCCAAGGAAUUCGGGAGCGGCGUGCCCUGCAUGGGGGCCGCGCAUGAUGCGACCCCAGGCUCGUCGAGUGGGGCGCCACCGGCACUGGCCUCCCAGCUGCCCUUCGUGUCCAAGUACCUCAUCUUGGCGGCCUACGUGGCGUCGCGCAACAAGCCCACCGCCGACCGCGCCGUGUUCGACCCGGGGUUCAGGAAGAAGGCGCGGCGCGGCGCCCAGGCGCACGACCGCAUGGUCGAGGCCGCAGAGGAGGCUUGGCUGCGGGGGCCGCACCCCUUCCCCCUGGAGCGCUGCCUGCACAUAUUCUACGCGUUGUACUCGAGCCACGAGGGGGAGGAGGUGGGGGAGGGCGGGGCCUGGCACGACCCCGGCGCGGAGGGAGGGGUCGAGGACUGGAGCGACGCCAAUGUGACCCGGGACUGCUUGGGCCAAGGGCGACGCUCGCCUGGAAGCCAGCCGCGGGGCGGCGACUGCGGCGGGGUGGACCGAGCGGCGACCUACCCGCCCGAGGUGCUGCAUGCCGACGUGCUGAUGGCCCUGUCCAGCCUGGUCAUGCUGCGCAUGCUCAGCAUGAGUGGCGGGGACCCGCUGGAGCCGGGCACGCUGUACCGAUGCGGGGUGGAGGAGGGGGUGGUGCGGGCCAUCGCCGCCAACCUCAAGGUGCAGCUCUCCGACUACCUGAAGCUGGCCUGA